AACAGUUAGCUGCUUUUAUAAAUGUGUCUACUGUGUUUCUGAGUCACUAGAAUGUCACUCCUGGGUUAUACUGUUCUGCUGUUGUUUUGGGUGUAUUGUACUGCAGAAAGAGCCUGUGAAGACCCUCCUCCUAGAAGAGUUAAAGAAGUACCUACUGAAACAUGGGACAGACCUCCCUAUCCACAUGGUACUCAAGCAACAUACAAGUGUCGGCCUGGAUAUAUAAAACUUGGACGUAUUGUGUUUCAGUGUGCUGAUGGAGUGUGGGAACAAGCCUUCCCAUGGACAGAAUGCAGAAAUAAGCCCUGUGGACAUCCUGGAGAUAUUCAGUUUGGUUCAUUUGAACUUACCAGUGGAAAGGAGUUUGUAUUUGGUGCCCGAGUUGAAUACAGAUGUGAUGAUGGGUACCAGAUGCUCAGCCUAAAUAACUACCGUGAGUGUCAGGCAGAUGGAUGGAGCAAUGACGUCCCUCACUGUGAAGCGGCAAAAUGUUUACCAAUAAAAGCACCAGAAAAUGGACGAAUAAUAAUGACCGGUGUGUUUGAGCUAGACCAAGAAUUUUCCUUUGGCCAGGUUGUAAAGUUUGAAUGUGAUGCAAAUUAUAAGCUUGUUGGAUCUAAAGAAGUACAUUGCUCUUCAAAUGGAAAAUGGAGUAGUGAUGUACCUCAGUGCCAAGAAAUUACCUGUGAUAGGCCAGAAAUUCUGAAUGGAUAUGUGCAUUCUCCAAAGGCGUCUUACAAGGAGUCUGAAAGACUGCAGUAUUCCUGUAAUAAGGGUUACAGAUAUGGUGAAAGAGCAGACGCACAGUGUUCCGCAUCAGGAUGGACUCCGACCCCCUAUUGCACCGAAAUUAUAUGCUCUCCUCCAAGAAUUCCUAAUGGGAACUUUGGACCUCAAGAACAUAUAUACAAAGAAAGUGCUGUAAUCACUGUACACUGCAAUAUUGGAUAUCAUUUUAAAACAGUCACUGGACGAAACACAGCUGAAUGCACCAAGAACGGCUGGGUGCCUUCUCCAGAAUGUGUUGAGAAACCAUGUGAAUACCCAGUUAUAAAAAAUGGUGCGUUAAGCAGAGCCCUGGAGUACUACAAAAACUCUUAUUUUCCCAUGGGAAUUGGGCAGCAAGCUGAAUACUACUGUCGCAAUGGUUACUCAACCCCGAGUGGAGAAAACUGGGUUCCAAUUGUCUGUUCUGCAGGGGGCUGGUUUCCAGAGCCAAAAUGCCUGAAACUAUGUCAAAUUAGACGGCUGGAAAAUGGUUAUUUCCUACACGAACAGAGGAGUGUUUACAAGGAAGGUGAAAGAAUUAGAUAUGCCUGCAAGAACUACUAUAGUCCUGAAAAUCAAGAUGGUGAAAUUACAUGCACAGAGAAUGAUUGGUCACCUCUUCCAAGAUGCAUCCGUCAGAAAAUAUGCCAGCGUAUUGAUUUUGCCAAUGGUUAUUUCAUCGUGAGAAAGACAACAUUUCAUUUACAGGAGAAGAUAAAAUAUAGGUGUCAUACGAACUAUGUAACUGCAGAAGGACAAGAAGAAGGACAGAUACAGUGUCAAGAGAGUGGCUGGACACCUCCUCCAAAGUGCAAUAAACUAUGUAAAAUACCUCAUCAUGAGACUUUGAAUUAUCACACAAAUAAAACUGUGUUCCUGCCGGGAGAUACACUUGAGUAUACAUGCUCAGAUGGAUAUCAAACUGCAAAUAAUAUGACAACUGGUACUGCAAAAUGUGGCAUAAGUGGUGAAUGGAUUCCAGAGCCCAAGUGUCUUGCAAUAGAAUGUGAAAUGCUGGUACUGCCCAAUGGAAUUGUUUCCCCCAGGGAGAGUAAAUAUCACAACGGAAAAGUUGUGAGAUUUAUUUGUGCAAGAAAUUACGUAAGAGUGGGACCUUCCUCUGCUCAGUGCUAUUACUUUGGAUGGUUUCCAUCACCACCAAUAUGUAAAGAGGGUAAUAGGACAUGUGUAUCGCCUUCCUAUAUUCCAAAUGUGGUUCUUCAUCAGCAAAACCAAACUCAGUUUUCUCAUGGUGAUGAAAUACAUUAUGGAUGUAAACGAGGCUCAACAGUUCGUGCGAGAAAGAAAAUAAAAUGUCUUAAUGGAGAGUGGAAACCUUUACCUUAUUGUGGAGGAGAUCUAUCUCAAAACUGUGCACCUCCAGUGGAUAUUGAGAUAGAGAAUACUGAAUAUGUUACCAAGUCAAAUAAGGAGACUGGAGUUCACAAAGUUAUAUAUUAUAUAUGUAAAUCAAAUGGCAACAGUAUUAAAAACGCAACUUGUAUGUUUGGAAAAUGGUCGCCUGAGAUUGAAUGCAUUGAUGUGUCCUUAGCUGAGAAUUCAUGCCCACCUCCACCUCAGCUGCCUGGUGCUCAACAGAUAGCAGCUGAAACAAAUUACAAGAAUGGGAGUAAAGUAAUAUUUUCAUGUCUGAAGAAUUUCCAGCUUGAUGGUGUGAAUGAAAUAACAUGUAUACAUGGGAAAUGGCAAUCACCACCGCGCUGUAUUGAAAAGCCAUGUUUGCCACCACAACCCGUAGAAUGUGCUGAAGUUUCCAGGCUGGAAAAUGAAAAUUCAAGGGUGGAAAAAGAAGGGAGAACAACUUAUCUGGCUGGUGCUAAAUUUAAGUACGUUUCUCGUUCUGGAUUCAUAUUAGAUGGACAAUCGGAGAUAACUUGUUCUAUGGGAAACUGGACUUCUACUCCUACAUGCAUUGAAGUGUCAUGUGGAAGUAUUCCAAAAGUUGCCAAUGCCCAAAUUGAAGGAAGAAACAAGAAAAUAUAUGAGCCUGGUGAAACUGUUCGCUACCUGUGUGAUCCAGGGUUCCUGACUGUUGGCUCUCCAGAAAUUAUUUGCAGAGCAGGAAACUGGACAGCACCACCCUUCUGUGAAGAUGUUAGCUGUGGAGCCCCACCUGAAGUUCCCAGGGCUUCUAUUGCGAGCAGUCAACAGGAGAGAUAUCUGCCUGGUGCCACAGUGCAGUAUGAAUGUGAAACCAAUUUUCAGCUUAUGGGUGUAAAUUAUAUCACUUGUACAAAUGGAAAAUGGUCACAAGAACCAACUUGCAGAGAUGUGACGUGUGAACCACCUGCCGAAAUUGUUGGUGGUAAAAUUCAAGGUGUUAAAAAGUCCAGGUAUUUGCCUGGGGAGCGAGCUCAGUAUCAAUGCUGGCGAGGUUUUCAGAUGACUGGGGAUUCCACGGUAGCCUGUCAGAACGGGACCUGGACAAAGCUGCCAACAUGCACAGGGAGAGGUGAUAAAUGCGGCCCACCUCCAGCUAUCGAGAACGGUGACUUUCUUUCAUUCCCACUGCGAGAGUAUGCACCAGGUUCCACUCUGGAGUACAAGUGUGCAAGUUUCUACACCCUAGAAGGACCUCAAUACAUUACAUGUGCUAUGGGGCAGUGGACAAAUCCCCCAGUCUGUUUAGUGGCAUGUACGGCAUCUGAAGAGGAUAUGGACAGAAAUAAUAUUGAGCUGAAAUGGAUCUCAGGAAACAAGCUGUAUUCAAGAUCUGGUGAUUUUAUUGAGUUUCAGUGUAAAAUAGGAUAUGUGCCGGACCCAGCAUCUUCUCCAUUCAGAGCACAGUGCAUAGAGGGGACGCUGGAGUAUCCACACUGCAAGCCGGGUCGGAGGUGUACGGUGCUUGAGAGUGAUAUGGAGGACAACAAUAUUAAGCUACAGCCAAGAAUGUCAAGGAGGUCCAGCUAUCUCUCCGGGGAAUAUAUUUACUUUGAAUGCAGAUCGUGGUGGCACCGAAGAACUUCGAACUAUGAAGAAUUUAGCGUACAGUGCAUGGACGGAGUUUUCAAGUAUCCUAGAUGUGACAGUCCCUGGGGAUAAACGGAAACGGCAUGAAGGCACCUGGCUGCAGAAGUGAAACAUGCCUCAACCAACCCGGUUACUAGAAUCCAGGCUUACACGGGAUUUUCUGGUUCGCUGUGCUUUGUCAGUAGCUUAGGCAGUGCUCUGUGUUUGAAUUCCUGAUACAGUGCUUUCUUUUUAAUGAUGUUGGCUGAUUGCGUUUCUAUUUCCUUUUUAACCGUUCUGUACUGAUUUCACUGCCACUUCUACUAACAAAAACAAUCGCGUCCUGAAACAGGCCGUCUUUGGUGUCCUACCGAGACAAGAAUUAAAGCCUGCAGGUAAUUUGAUCUUCAGCAA